GGCCCGGGCUAGGACACAGAGGAGAGCGCUUCCGGAGACCUCGCGAGAUUUCCUGUGAGCCGCGACCGACCAUCUGGUCGCCCAGCAACCGCACCUGCUGCCGAGGAGGCCGGGCACCCGCGAAAUUUACCAAACCUGAGUUACUGACCCGGCUCAUCCCGCGAACGAAAGUUGGGCAUAAAAGAACGCCUAAACCUGCUUCUUAACAUGGUACCAGAAGAGAGCUAUUGCCAAGAGUUUGAUUUAUAGAGAAAUCAUGGUUCGACUGACCUUGGAUCUAAUUGCCAAAAAGAGCAAUCUUAAACCCCGAAAAGAAGAAACCACUUUACAAUACCUGAAGAAAAUAACUCAUAUAAAUUUUUCAGCCAAAAAUAUAGAUGCAAUUGAAGACCUCUCUCUUUGCAAAAAUCUUAGCGUUUUAUAUUUGUAUGAUAACUGUAUUAGUCAAAUCACUAACCUGAAUUAUGCCACAAAUCUGACCCACUUAUACCUACAAAACAAUUGUAUUUCAUGUAUAGAGAACCUCGGGUCAUUAAAGAAACUGGAAAAACUAUAUCUGGGAGGCAACUACAUUGCUGUCAUAGAAGGCUUAGAAGGCUUAGAAGGACUAAGAGAGCUUCAUGUUGAGAGUCAGAGGCUUCCCCUUGGAGAAAAGCUCCUGUUUGAUCCAAGAACUCUUCAUUCUCUGGCAAAAUCCCUCUCUAUAUUGAAUAUCAGCAAUAAUAAUAUUGAUGAUGUAAGAGACUUAGAAAUACUGGAGAAUCUUAAUCAGCUCAUAGCAGUUGACAACCAACUUCUGCAUGUGAAGGAUUUGGAGUGUUUACUGAACAAGUUGACGAAGCUGUGGAAAAUGGAUCUAAACAGAAAUCCUGUUUGUCUCAAACCGAAAUACAGAGAUAGACUAAUAUUGGUGUCCAAAUCACUGGAAUUCCUUGAUGGAAAAGAAAUUAAAAAUAUGGAAAGACAAUUCCUAAUGAAUUGGAAAGCAUCCAAAGAUGCCAAGAAAAUCAGCAAAAAAAGGAACAGUAAGAACGAGGAUAUAAGUAACUCACACAUAAGUAACUUUGAAACAAUGUAUCACAUAGUUCCUGUUUAUUACCCACAGAUGGGUAAGCCAAAAUUAGUUUUUUUCUCUGAUACACAAAGAUGCCUUGCAAAUGGAAAUGCAUCUCCAGAAAGCUCCCAAGAAGAUAACCCUAAAAUUAUUGAAGACAUGGGGAAUCUCUCUUUGAAGGAAUCUGAAAGCUUGCUGACAAAAAAUGAUGUAUGUGAACCUCACCUUCUUCAUAACUCAAAAGUAAAAGAAAAUGUGUUUGUAAAACACCAGUAAAUUCAGCCUUAAGCAAUCUGAAACGUGUGACUCUUUACCUUUAUAGUAUUACUAGGCAACAUCAUCCUUUGUGGUUUGUAGCUUUAUGGCAUCUCAUUAUAUAAGAAGAACCUUUUGAGUUCUUGUUUGAUUUGCUUCUUUAUAGAAUCCGAAACAGUGCUUUCCAACUGCUUGAUUCCUCAUUACAUACAAUUCACAGGGGAAAUAAAGGUGUGCUUUCUCAUUCACCAAAAGAAAGUAAUCCUUUUUUGAACCAACAGUAUUUUGGUGUGCUUCUUU